AAAAAGGAGAAAAGAGAUGAACGUGGUUUUUUGGGUCGCUGUGUCUGAGAAAUUAGUUAGGAAGAAGAAUAAACACAACAAAGCAGCACCUCAUUCAUUCUUCCAUCGAACACAACACUGUCUCAACAACAGUAUCAUUAUAUACAUCAAUCAAUCUUCACUAUUCAUUCACUGCGGUUGAUUUCAGAUUGAGAUCAAAUAACCCUUUUUCCAAUUUCAUCAUCAACAACAAUUAUGGACUCUGAUUCAUCUUCUUCUCAUUGGAACACUCCUCUUUCCUCCUAUUCCUCCGUUACUUCCUCCAAAUCCUAUCUAUCCGCUCUUCAAUCCCGAUCAGAUAUGUUUAUGGCUGGUACUUUUGAUGAAAAUGAUGUUAUUGUUGUUGAUGAUAAUAAUAAUGAUGAUUUGAAGGAGGAGUUUUUAUGCCCUUUUUGUUCUGAAUAUUUUGAUAUUGUUGGAUUGUGCUGCCACAUUGAUCAAGACCAUCCACUUGAAGCCAAAAAUGGGGUUUGUCCCGUUUGUUCAUCGAGGAUGGGGCUUGAUAUGGUUGCACACAUUGCCCUACAACAUGGAAGCAUACUUAAGAUGCAGCGAAAGAGGAAAUCAAGGAAAGGUGGAUCUUAUUCAACGUUGUCUUUAUUGAGGAAGGAGCUGCGAGAAGGAAAUUUGCAAUCCCUUUUGGGCGGGUCUUCACGUAUAGUGUCAUCGUCAAAUGUAGCACCUGAUCCAUUGUUAUCGUCAUUUAUAUUGCCCGUAGCUGAUGAAUUUUCUAGUUCUCAGUGUCAACCUAACUUUCUUACCGGGACAAGGCAAUCCAGAAAAAGCUCAGACGAGACUCUAUCAAAAAAAAAUGUGGAGACGCCUACCUUGUCAGUCAAGGAUAAGGAAGAAAAGGAAAAAAGAUGUGAGUUUGUUCAAGGACUAUUGCUGUCCACUUUCCUUGAUGACAUUUUAUAAAAGAAAUUCAUCUGUGAUGACUGCUGGUUGCUGCAGUGGUGACGAGCUUCUUCAAUCACAUGCGAUCCCUACAAUCUAUGGUAUGCCCUAGUGAAGUUGUGAAUGUAUUUGAUCGUUGUGAAAUAAGAUGUGGAGAAUGAAUGUAAUUUAUGUUGCAUGUGACUGAAGUUUCGAGUUCAAAUGUUUCAUUUUAUCCUUUAAUUUCAGACCAUGAAUAUUGAAUGAAAAUAGAGCAAGUUACUUUCCUACUGUACAUGACAUUUACAAUUGUGUGUGUUA